UAUAAGGAGGCUUUCAACAAAUCCAAACAACACAAGACGAUUUCAAGUAGUAGAAAACAUUUUUAAAAAAAGUUAAAAAAUGUACACAGUUGCUGUAUUUCUGUUUGCCGUUUGUGCAGUUCUAGCUGUGAGCUCAGUUUCGGGAGAUGCGAUUUUAUGCGAGGGUUCGAAAGGUUACAUCCAGUGUCCUCCUGGCCAGAAGAUAGCAGUUUAUAACGCUUACUACGGAAGAACACACAAUGGAAGUAUCUGUCCCCAUGCCGUCACUUCCGACCAGAAUUGCCGCGCAUCUGGCUCCUUCAACAAAAUCAAGAAUGCUUGCCACAAUGAACAGCGAUGCUACUUGGCGGCAAAUAAUGGAGUGUAUGGAGAUCCUUGCCGUGGAACGUACAAAUACAUUGAAGUGAAGUUCUCAUGUGUGCAGGCAUAAAACAGCUGGAUGAUGAUAUAUGUAAACAAUGUGUUGUAUCAGUGAGUCAUCAUGAUAUAAACAAUGCUUAAACUGAUAUACCAAUAAAAAUGUCACUUUGCCUUCUAUGAAGACGACGACAGAAUUGCCACGAGAUAAAAA